UUGCGGAGCGUGGAGCUGCUGCUAUGGCUUCCAGCGGGGUCGGCGUGAGCGCUGGCGGCUCGGCAAAUGAAGCUCCCGAAAUCCCAGACAACGUGGGAGAUUGGCUCCGGGGCGUCUACCGCUUCGCCACCGACAGGAAUGACUUCCGGAGGUAACGGAGCCGCAGCCCGGCCCCAGCCCUCCCUCCGG